AUGAAUGAAGACCAAUUAGAUCAUUUACAUACUAAUGCAAGUUCUAAUCAAAGUGGUAGUAAUGAUUUCGUAAAGAAGUUAUUUCAAAUGCUACAACAAGAUAAUUAUAAAAAUAUAGUUCGAUGGACAAAAAAUGGAGAUUCCUUUGUAGUGAUUGAUACUAACGAAUUUACAAAAGAUAUACUACCAAGGCAUUUCAAACAUUCAAAUUUUGCAAGUUUUGUAAGACAAUUGAAUAAAUAUGAUUUUCAUAAGGUUAAAAUAAGUAAUGAUGCAAAGAAAAGUUAUGAAUAUGGAGAUGAUGCUUGGGAAUUUAAACAUCCUGAAUUCAGGAUAAAUGAUAGAAAUGCUUUAGAUAAUAUUAAAAGGAAAGGUCCUAAUCCAAAGAAACCUCCUUCAAGUGCUGAUAGUUCUGUUGGGGGUGCAAACCCAGAAUUAGUUACUAACUAUAAGAUUUUACUGGACAAUUUUGAAUAUUUGAAAAAAGAGAAUUCAAGGAUAAAUCAAGAAAUUAAUAUUUUAAAACUGAAAAAUAAAUCCAUCGUUGAUAAUUUGGUGGUGGUGAAAUCAUUAAAUGAGAGAUAUUAUAAUUCUAUUACUAUUUUACUUAAUACUUUAAGACAAGGAGGUAUGAAACUCCCUCAUUUGGAUUUCCCUAAUCCUAAUGAAGAUAUGAUCAAACAACCAAUACAACAAUCCCAACCUGUUGAGGUUCACCCUCCUACGUCUCAACCUACAAGAGAACAUAAACGUCAAUAUUCAUCAAAUUUCACUCCCAUCAUAACUCAAUCCCCACAAAUUCCUCCUCCAUCAACUUCACAACCUGUUCCUCAACCUUCAGGUACCACACCUAUACCUGCAAAUCAAUCAUCUGCCAAUCCUACAUUUGCAACUGGCACUCCAAAUUCUAAUGAUCAAUCACCUUUAGAAUCUCCACGUAAUAGUGUUCAUGAUUUAACUGCUAAUGGAUCUGUUUUGUCUACUAAUAUUCCUAAUCCUAAAUUCCAUGUUUUGUUAGUUGAAGAUGAUAAUGUUUGCAUACAAUUAUGUAGGAAAUUCUUGGUUAAAUAUGGAUGUCAGGUUACAGUAGUCACUGAUGGAUUAAAUGCUAUUUCAACAGUUGAAAAUCAUAAGUAUGAUUUGGUUUUAAUGGAUAUAGUUAUGCCAAAUUUGGAUGGUGCUACUGCCACUAGUGUCAUCAGAUCUUUUGACACGAAAACUCCUAUCAUUGCCAUGACAGGUAAUAUUGAAGAAAAUGAUUUAGUGACUUAUCUUCAAAAUGGGAUGAGUGAUAUUUUGGCAAAACCUUUUACAAAAGAUGAUUUGUAUUCGAUUUUAUCCAAACACUUAUUGGGGAAUGAACCAGUCAAUGCUGUGGGUAUAAAUAACGAAUUUUUGGGUGAAGAUCAAGUGUUAAAAAAACAGAGGUUAGAGUAA